GAUUACCAUUACUUCCCCUUUGAGAAGGACUCCAUGGUGGCAGUGUUCAUCAGCUUAGAUGCAGCUGACCCGAGCAACGGUGGUCUGUGUGUGUACCCUGGGUCUCACAAGCUGGGACCUCAAGAGGACAUCAGCACUGCUCCAGGGUUUCAUUACCUCAGCCAAGACAAAUUCCCCAUCGACAAAGCCACUCCAUUGACUCUAGAGCGUGGCCAGAUUGUAAUCUUCUCAUACCUUCUGGUGCAUGGCUCGUAUGAUAACACCAGUGACCGUGUCCGCCGGAUGUUCCUCAUCCAGUUGAUGUCUGCUGAAGACAUCGCUACACACAAAAUUCACCUCUCUGAAUGCCAGGGAAUGGUGCUCCGUGGACGUUGCUCCUCCAGAGACGCUGACAUCAAGAGCCGUCACAAGAAAUAUGUUAGCCAAGAAAAUAGUGUUAAAGGGAUGUAGAUAUAUAGUUUUUAUGGCUCUUUUUAUUAUUAGCCAAAUUAUCUUGCAAAUGAGAAGUUAGAAACAUUACUUAAUCUUUAAUAAAUUUUUAUAAUUUUGUCUUCAUGUUCAUAAGCACUAUGUUGAAAGUAGAGAAUAAUCACCCUCUCUGUAUACUUUUAUACCUGUAUACUCCAGGUAUACUCUUUGUGCCUAAAUAGUGAGAAUUUUCUUUUCUUUGAAAUUUGCUGUGAUUUAUAAUCUACAGAUUAUGGAUAUGGUUUGGAAUGGCCCUAUUUACCAUACAAUUGUUUUGUUUGUGAUAUUUGUAUUAUGACAGUACAGUACUGUAUAUUAGUCUUGAGAGCAGCUGGUUUGUGAGGGUAGUAGUAGACUGUUAUGAUAGUUAAAAAAAUUUAAUGAUGGCAGUGAAUUAAUAAUGAUGUUAACAAUUUUUUAUGUUAAAAAUAACUGAAUAACUAAGUGUUUUUAGAAUUUAUUUCAUGAAGUGCUAAACCCAUGUGGAUCAUUCAGCACAAGGCAGGAUGGAGGCUCAGUCAUCUGUCAGGUGAUCUCAGCCUGGUCUCUCACCCAGAGUAUUCUUGCACUUUGUAAAGUUUACAACUUGACUCUUAUGUUGAUAAGUGUUUCUUAUGUUCUUUCUUCUGUUACUUUAUCAUUGGAGGAAGGAGAGGUUGUGUCUUGAUGCUAGUGAAGAGCUCUUGAUCUGAGGAAUUGGGACUGCUCUACCAUAUUUCAGGUAAACCUGCUUAACCUCCAGUUUCCAAAAUGCUGUGUGACCCUUACACUUUCAUCACUUUCCCAUGAAUAUAAAGAUCUUUCCUCUUCUUUCAACACACUGGUUGUAUCCCACCAAGGCAGGGUGACCCAAAAAAAAAAGUUUCUCUUUUUUCAACCCUUUCAGGGUCCAGAUGCCAAAUCUCAUUGUGACAGCCAGGGUCCAAGAAUUUAAAAAAAAUAAAUAAAAAUUUUAUUACAAAAUUAAAGGUAACAUUUUCUAUAGGUAAUAAAACAAAAAACUUUCCGAUCAGUACUUUCCAAGAUAUAGAGGCCUGAAGUUAACCCUCAGUGACGGGGUGGCGGCAACAUCGGCGACUUCCGUAAAGUCGCAUUUUUUUUAUUUUACUUUUUUGUUACUUUUUUUCUUUUCUUUUCUAAUCUUGUUUUUUCCACGUAACGUUUGUGG